CUUAAACGUAGUGGACUGGAGCUGGGAGGAGGCGCUGGAGCUGCCUCUGGAGCGCCUGGGGUCUUCGCUAUGCCCAGGCCGGAGUUCUCUUGUUGUCUUCUGCUCUUAGGUCUAGGGAUGUGCCUGGGGCUGCGACCUAGCCUCCGGAACGUGUUGCUCAUUCUGGCAGAUGAUGGAGGCUUUGAGAGUGGUGCAUACAACAACAGUGCAAUCUCAACCCCACACCUGGAUGCCUUGGCAAAAAGGAGCCUGAUCUUCCGUAAUGCCUUUACCUCGGUCAGUAGCUGCUCUCCCAGCCGUGCUAGCCUCCUGACUGGCUUGCCACAGCAUCAGAAUGGGAUGUAUGGCUUACAUCAGAAUGACCAUCAUUUCAACUCCUUCGACAAAGUGCAAAGUCUGCCUCUGCUUCUCAGCCAAGCUAACAUCCGUACAGGUAUAAUCGGGAAGAAGCACAUUGGGCCAGAGCCAGUGUACCCAUUUGACUUCACUUACACAGAAGAGAAUGGCUCCAUCCUCCAAGUAGGAAGAAACAUCACCCGCAUAAAGCUGCUGGUCCGAAAAUUCCUUGAGACCCAGGAUGAUAGGCCUUUCUUCCUCUAUGUUGCUUUCCAUGAUCCCCACCGGUGUGGGCAUUCUCAGCCAAUGUAUGGACCCUUCUGUGAGAAGUUUGGUAAUGGAGAGAGUGGGAUGGGGUGGAUCCCUGACUGGGUGCCCCAAAUUUACACCCCAAAAGAUGUACAGGUCCCUUACUUCAUCCCUGACACCCCAGCAGCCCGAGCUGACUUGGCUGCUCAGUAUACCACCAUUGGCCGAAUGGACCAAGGGAUUGGACUGGUGCUGGAGGAAUUGAAAGUAGCUGGCUUUCUGAAUGACACCCUGGUGAUCUUCACUUCAGACAAUGGUAUCCCUUUCCCUAGUGGCAGGACCAAUUUGUACUGGUCGGGUACAGCUGAGCCCAUGUUGGUGUCUUCUCCAGAGCACCAAAACCGCUGGGGUCAGGUCAGUGAGGCCUAUGUCAGCCUCUUGGACAUCGUGCCCACCGUCUUAGAUUGGUUCUCUAUACCAUACCCCACCUAUAGCAUCUUUGGUACCAAGACAGUCCACCUCACUGGUCACUCUCUCUUGCCUGUACUACUGUCAGAGCCACCCUGGACCACAGUCUUCAGUAGCCAGAGUCACCAUGAAGUCACAAUGUACUAUCCCAUGCGCUCUGUGCUUCAUCAGAAUUUCCAUUUAGUGCACAACCUCAACUUCAAGAUGCCCUUUCCUAUCGACCAGGAUUUUUAUGUGUCUCCCACAUUCCAGGACCUGCUUAAUCGCAGCAGGUCUGGCCAGCAAACAAACUGGUAUAAGGACCUCCACCACUAUUAUUACCGAGAUCGAUGGGAACUUUAUGACAGGAAACAAGACCCCUGGGAGAUCCAGAACUUAGCCACUGACCCCAACUACAGGGAGGUGUUAGAGAUGCUGAAGAUCCAGUUAACCAAAUGGCAGUGGGAAACCAAUGACCCCUGGGUAUGUGCUCCAGACAGUGUCUUGGAAGAGAAGCUCUCUCCUCAGUGUCAGCCUCUCCAUAAUGAACUAUGAGGCUUUCUAUGGAAAAAACUUCCAUCUUUCCCAAACAUGCCUGCCUUGCUGAUAAAUUGAGUGGGACCAAGGAAGAUCAUCUUUCUGUCAUAAGAAGAAUAAGCCCUGAUAAAUCCUCAUUCCUAGAUCUCUGACAUGCAAGCAAGGUUCAUACUUCAAUCUCUGUACUGACCACCUAGGGUCUAUACUUGUCAUAACAGGGAUAUGGUUGAGGCACCAUUGCCAAUGGGCCUGACUUGUCCAAAUGAGUUUUGGAGUAGGAGGAGGAUGUUAAGCAGAUGCCCUAGGAGAUAGCAGUUACUAGAAGCCAUGGUGAAAGUCAACUUGUAGGUCUUCUAUUUGAUAUAUGAUAUAUACAGUUUGGAGGACCCCCAUGACUCCAGAGCCUCUCUAUAAGAAAUUUUAAGGGAAUCUUGUAAAUAAAAAAAGAAAAAGGGAAUUGGGGUGCUACUACCCUUAGUACUUCUAAGAGCUACCCACCCUCAAGGCUUCUCCAGGAUGAGGGAGUAUGAGAAGACUCAGGUAUUUGCAUCUGCCUGAAGGGAUGGUUCAUACAAAACUUUCUCUGGAUGAGAAAAUUAUAUAUAAUUUCAAUAAAAUCUCUCUCAGCUAGAGACAA